ACCCCCUUUUGCAGAUCUCUUUCAGAGAAGAGUGCGCCUGUGCAGGCCUCGGGAGCAGACAUCAGUAAGUCGCCCAGCUCCUAGGGAGCCCUUGGGUUAGAGGGUGCCGCACUGUGCCCCUGCAGGCAGGGUCCUACCGGUACCUGGGAGGAGUUUCUCUCCUGACAUCCUUGUGAUGCUGUGCGUUAGGAUUAACGUGGCAGUACUGCCAGCCAGUUGCAGAAAACCGGCCUGCUCGACUCUCUAGUUUUUCUUUUAACGUAGUAGGUGUUAGGUCUUAGGUUUAACAGAUCUGUACAUACCACAAACAUUCUGUAUAUUUCUGAUUUAUGUGGGGUCUGUGAUCUCUUGUGUUGCUUCUUAGGAUAAUUUAAAUUGAUUCCAUUAGUCUGUGACUUCUUCCAGUGUACAGCCAGUCGGUGAUACUUUCCUUCUACAAUGUUUAUCACCGCUAAUGGAUCAGAUUCCUUGGAUUCCUGCGUGUUAGCAGACAGAAAAGCAUACUUACGUAUCUGUGACUUGCCAAAAACAAACAUAUGAAAACUACCUCAUGAUCUCAUCGCUCAUCGGAGCAUCCUGCCUUUGCUUAACUUUUAGUUACAUCUACUGAAUUCCAAGGCAACUUAAAUCCUUAGCCAAAAGCAGCUCCUGAUAAGCAACAAUUAGUUGAGAAUGCUUUGUGUUAAUUUGCUGUGGUUCAGCCCAUUUUCUAAGGGACGUUUUCUGUCCACUCUUUCAAAGAUUGACUUGAGGGUGGUUUGUUACAGUGUAGAAAUGAACCAAAGAUCCAUCAGUUCCUGGACAGCCUGACUGAUGAGGGUACGCCCAAAGCAGGGAGUGUUGGAUUGUUUCUUAAUGACUGUUCAAUUUACAUUGCAUAAAAAUGCAGAAACAAUUGUCAGGGUAGAGACCAUCCUUCAACUAUGUGCUGUCAUCUGCUGUCACAUAUCUACACAGUCUCUCUACCACCUUUCCCUCAUCAGUUUGUGUUUUAAAAGUGAAACAUUUAAUUCUUUGGAAGACUGUGUGCAUUUAUCCACAGAAUCCCAGGUAGAAGGUGGCAUUUCCCUGAAUCCUUGAGGCAUGUGAGUCCUAGGACAGGAAUUUGACAAACCUUGCUUCAGUUCUUUAGCAUUUCAUUUAAGCGCGGAUGCUGUCCUUGCACAGCAGGCCAGCUCCUCUCGAUCCCCUCCUGAGGUGGCAAAUGCCUCAUUUGCAGAACAGAGGCCAGAUAGGGACUUUCGGAUUCCACACCAGGCAGAUGUCUCAAAGUUAGGCACAGUAGCAUAUGAUUUUUAGUACCAAAGUACAUUAUUUGGAUCUAGCUUCACAACUUUAUACUAUCAUUUCAUUCUGCCAACAGUAGCUGACUACUCUUUCCACAGCCACUAAGAAGGAGUAGGAAGUAUUUUAUUUGUAAAAUAAUAAUUGACUCUUGCUUAAUAUAUAGCAAGAGGCAAUCCAUGCUUGAAAUCUUUACUUUCCCUAUACAAGGUAACAAAGGAAAUUCUGCUUCCAUUUUGCAGAUGAAAUUGAGUUGUCCAAAGUUAUGCAAGAAGUCUGGGAGAGGAAGGGACUGAACACAAAUACAAAGUGCGAUGCAGAACCCUGUUCACGCAGCUGCCGCCCCUAUUCCUCCCACAUGUUUUCUUGCAGUGUGGAUACAUUUCCCUGUGACAUGAAUUCUGUAACUCCUUAGAUAAUUUUAGCUCUCACAUACUAUCUAAGUGUUGAUUUUCCUGUUGACAAAUCAAGAAAUAUCUUUUUUUCCCCCAUACGUCAGGUAUAAAAACUUAGCAACUUCCUCUCUAAGAUAAGAAGCACUUAAAAACAUCUUUCACAAAGAGCUGACAAGGUUUUGUUUUUACAGUCCACUGAGUCACAUCUGAUGUUACAUUUACUCCUCUUACCGCAGUCUGACAGUACUCUUACAGGUCUUGCUGCUUCUGUCUUGUCUUUUUAACCCACACAGCAGUGAUUGUGAGCAUGUUAAAUAACAUCUUCCUUUACCUGGGCUUGUCAUAAGAGUCCAAUUAUCAAAUGCUUAUGAGACCCUACCGUGGACUAGUUUAGUAAUAACAUCAGCCCAGCUGUGUAUCUUUUUUUUUUUUUUUUACUUAGAGGGAUUCUAGCAUAAAAACGAUUUGAUUACAUAUUGUCAUUGGAAUGCAAUAGCUCAUAAUAUUUCUGAUAUCAUUUGGGUUUCAUUCUUCAGCCAAACCCAUGGCUUGAGUAUUUACUCAAAGUGCAAAGCACUGACAGGUGUAAGGAAGUAAUUGACAUAAAAGUCUAUUCAGUUAGAAUUGUUAAAGCAGGUGCAUAAAUGCUGUACUAGAAAUUUUUUAGUCAUUAAAGAACUCCUGUUGAUAAAAUAUGUUUACAAAAAAAUAAACAACAAACCCAGAUGUUAUACAUAGGUAAACUUCUGGAGAUAUGCUUAACAUAUGCAAGAAAGUGUAUUUCUUCUGUUCUGGAGUGCUCCUUUGGGUCAGAAUAAAAAAAGACUGGAGAAAUCCCCAGCUGACUCGUAAGACAGGAACAUUGGAAAAUGGAGCCUCCUACUAGUUACUCAGCUAGAUUAGUAAUGAGUGAAAGUUGUCAUUUACUUGUGACAACUACAUUAAAAAUUUGGGUAGUUUUCAGUCGGAGUCAUAGCACCGUCUCAUUUGACAGUCACGGGAGCAGCAGUAAGUUGAGUGGGAGGUCGGGACUAGAGUGAAAGUUGCCGCUCGACGCAGCUGCCGAGUGCGGUCCGGUGGGAAUGCGCUGCUGCAGGAAGUGGCCGGUUGCAGCUGAAGGUGAAAAAUACCAGAGAAAUAACCAAUUAUUCUGACAUUCGUUUGGUGUGCUCAGGGCUCAGAGAGAGCAUGCAGUAGUACAGAGUCCUGCCUAAUACCUCAUUAUUUGAAAGCAAAGGCUAAACAACAGGAAUAUAUAGGAUCAUUCUAGUCUGCAUUUGAAAAAGUAAAUUUUAGUUCCCUUGUAAAACCUUUUAUUACAUAUAAUGUUUAUUGCAGAACUGAAGCCAUACACACAGUUAGAUGCAUUCAUUCCCCUCAUUUUCCCAUGAGGCAGAUAGUCCAAAAGGUUUCACAGGUUUUUUUCCAGUACCCAAGGGAAAGAAGUGUCUGUUCUUCCUGCUUUCAUCCAGUUCUUUGCCACACAAGUGUCAAUCUCAUCUUACGUGACUUUCAGAGAUGCUCUGAUCAUCUUUCCAUGACAGAGAAUUUAGGUUAUGUGUCAGAGGGACAGUAACCAGGGAAAAGGGAGGGUAAAACCCCAUAAAUAUAACUAUUAUUGUUGAAGUAGCACUACUGCUAAAACAGCUAGGUCCCAAGGCAAUCUUUGAAAUGCAAUAUUUUAAAUAAGAAUACACUUUGGAUAUUUUUGUUCAGGUUUUUUUUCUGUCUUUUGACCUUUUAGCUACAUUAAUACCACAUUUUUCAGCCUUUCCUUGCUACAGUGGGGGUGAGAAAUUAAUUGUUACUUUAAUGGUACUUGAAAGGUUCAUGAUUUCUGAGGCUAGAAGUAUAGAAAACUGCCAAAGUUUGAAAGUUUGAUACUGAAAACGAGUUAACUAUACUGUAAAAUAUAUGUGGGUUAUAAAGAAAUAGUAAAUUAAAAGGUCUCAAAACUUAAGGUACUGUUUGCAAUUAAUACAAAAGACCUAGGGCUGAAUAUGAACAAAAAGAACAGAAAGAGGAAUGGGUUACAAUUAUGUAUUGCAAACUGUCCCAUGAUGGCAGAGGUAGAGCUGUAAGGCUCUCCAAGUAGGUCAUUUUGCCGGAAGUAUUUGUUGCGUGUACGCUGACAAAUUAAUUAAUUAUAAAUUUUUAUCAGAAGUGAGUUAAACACAAAAACUGGGAAAACUGAAAAAUUUAGAAAAAUUAUUGACUUUAAGAAUGUAUUUUAAACCUAAUCCUUGAUUAGUGAGACUUGACUGUAUGACAAAUGUUGAUUUUUUUUUUUUUUUUUUUUUUACUUCUCACUCCCUGCAUCUGCUACCGUACUACAUAUAAUAAGUGAAAUCCUAUAUGCUGCAAUGAUUGUAAAAUCCUGGCAACAGUCAGGCUGACAGCAGCAUCGCUGCUUUUUACUGCCCUCUUUGUUGGCACGCGUUACUUUCUUAGAUCUUGUGAGAUCUUUGAAGCCUUCUCGAUCCCCGGUUGUACAGCACCCACCACGGUGGGGAGCGUGCUUGGUGUGGCUCUUAGGGGGAUCUCUGUUUAAACACACACAUCUACACCCCUACGGGCGAACAAACCACUAGCUGACUGCCCUGGAGACGUGGCCAACGUCCGGGCAGAGCCGGCGGGCCGGCCCUGCCGGGCACCAUUCCCGACCUCCACACAUCUGGCUUUGUCCGUAAGCGGCUCUUGCACAGCCUGUCGGCAAUACCAGCUGCGCGGAACGCGCAGGAAAGCGUCUUUCGCCUCCACCACGUGAAACUUGUCAUUUGGCAACCAGGCUGGAGCAAUAAGCGUUCAUGGAGAGGAAAAUCUGAUUUGCAUUUGGGGCCGGAGCCUGACGUCAGCCGGAGCAGGAAGAGUGUGGUCUGGCCCUGGCAAGAAACGCUCGUCUGCGUCGCUCGGCUCUUUCCCCAGCAAAGAGCGAGCCGGGCCGGGGUGGGAGCAGGCUGUCAAGGCCAGCCCCUUUGAGAAGAGGAAGCUUCGGGGAGAAAAUCAGCCCUCCGCAGCACGCAGAGGAGGCAGAGGCUGGCGAGCGUCGCUGCCUGCAGCCGUGGUCCCGGCCCUAGGCGAGCACCAUGCGUGGCCGCUGCUGAUGGCUGCGGUGGGGACAAAGGACCCUCCGGAGAGGGACUGCGACGCCAUGACCCUGCAGCGGCCGCCCCUAGCCCUGAAGGGGGGCUCCCCCCCGGCCCUGUACAUUCACAGCAUGCCUGCCUGGGUGCUGGAGGACUUCUGCCAGAAGAUGGACUGCCUGAGUGACUACGACUGGAUGCGAUUCGCUUCCUACGUGAUAACUGAUCAAACAGAGCUACGGAAAAUCAAGUGCAUGGAGAAGACAGGUAUCAGCAUAACAAGAGAGCUCAUGUGGUGGUGGGGAGUGAGACUGGCGACGGUGCAGCAGCUCCUGGACCUGCUCCAAGGACUGCAGCUCUACCGAGCGGCUCAAGUCAUUCUGGACUGGACAUCAGCCUCUAAUAUUACCAACUCUGAAAAAGAAGAGCUGGUAGAGCCACCUAAACAGGAGAAUGUAUCUUUAACUCCCACAGAAAACAAAAAGAGAGAGAGAGAAAAUGAGAUAAGUCUGUUGCCAUCACCAGACUCUUCACAUCUGGGAGUAUCACCAGCAGGUAGUGCUGUUUCUGAAGGAGCCUUGUAUUCACUCCCUUCACCACCACCUCCCCCAAGACACCUUUUGAAAUCCUUACAGUCAAAUCCUCCUGUCUCAUCAAGUGUGAAGCCUUGCAGCUCUUCUAUGCCUCAGCAGGAGACAAUGACUGAUCUCCCCAGUGGGAGCCUUUUGUGGACCCAGAGGGAAGUUACUAAUGCUACAAAUGGCUUCAGUGACAACAGCAGAAUUUGUGAAGGUACUUUUGCGGAUGUCUACAAAGGUCAGAGGAACAACAUAGUGUAUGUCAUUAAAAGACUGAAAGAGAUGGAAUGCACAAGCCCAAAUUCCACCCAAAGAUUCUUUCAUACAGAAGUACAGAUUUGCUUUCGGUGUUGUCAUGUCAACAUUUUGCAGCUGCUGGGUUUCUCAGUAGAAACCGGAUUGCACUGUCUGAUAUAUCCAUACCUGCCUAAUGGAUCACUACAAAACAAACUUCAGUGUCAAGAUGAUUCUGCUCCACUGGCCUGGGACAUGCGCAUUAGCAUUUCUAUAGGACUCAUCCGAGCUGUAGAGUAUUUACAUAAUUUUGGAAUUCUUCAUGGGAAUAUCAAAAGCUCAAAUGUCUUGUUGGAUGAAAACUUUACACCAAAGCUUGGACAUUCAGGUCUGCGAUUGUCUUCUGUUGAUAAAAAAUCAGAAUAUGCUAUGAUGAAAACCAAAGUCCUCCAAGCUUCUCUUACUUAUUUGCCAGAAGAUUUUAUCAGACAUGGGCAGUUCACAGAAAAAGUUGACGUAUUCGGCUGCGGUGUGGUCUUAGCAGAGAUACUGACAGGGAUUAAGGCACUGGAUGAAGGAAGGCACCCUAUUUAUCUGAAAGAUAUGAUUGCUGAUGAAAUUCAAAUAGCGAAAGAAAGUUCAUACUCCAAAGUAAAAAACUUUGAAAAGCUAGCUGCCAAGGAAAUAUGCUGUAAAUACCUAGACAGGAAAGCAGGACACUUGCUGGAAGAGGUUGCUAUUGAUUUCGCCUCAGCCAUCUGCCUUUGCCUGAGAAAGAAGAAUUCUAACAUAGCAGAGGUGCUUGAAAUUAUGGAAAUGGCUGAAAAUAAAUUAAGAGAGCAUUACAUCUGUGGAGGCAGCACUUCUGGGUUGUCCAUGAACACUCCAGAAGAAACUGAUGAUGAGACAACUAGUCUCAGCAUGGAUGUGCCUUCUGCAGGGGAGAAUAAAGAGGACAGCAUGCAGCCAGUAAUCCUGACAAGUGCCAAUCCAUGCACACCUUUAAUAGGAGUUGUGUCACCUGACAUUUACUGCGGACAAAUGUCAAGGGUCCCUUGUGAAUCAGAUGAAUCAAGUAGUUUUAUAUGGAAUCCUUCAGAAGGAUCUACAGAUGAGCUAUCUAGCAACAGCUGUAACAAUUCAGAAAAUAUGGCAGCCUCUGACGACAGGAUCAAGCAGGAAAAACCUGCAAUUGGACUCCAGGAAAGAAAUGCGGCAUGCACCAAAAGUGAUGAUGUCUUGGAAACAGAGUCUACUGCACAGAGCACCUUUCAACAAAAAAAUGCAGACCUUGACUCUUCAUGUUCUUCACAAGCAUCAGCCAGAGAGACAUCUUGGAAAAUAAAGAUAAAUGAUCAAAAAAAGAAGCUCAUGGAAAAUAUUUUGCUGUAUGAAGAAGACAAAUUAAACAGUUCUGAACUUUUUGAAUCAUAAAUUGGAUGGAUUUAUUAGCAGUGGCCAGCUCAGAAGAAGAAGUAAGGACUGUCUCUUCAUUAGAAGGGUGGUAAAAGUGUACCUUUUACAUAAGGUUAAGUAGCAGAUUUGGAUCAGAAACAUUAGCCCUGACUGAAGAAAACAAAAGCGAUCACACUUAGAAGAAGCAGAAAAUAUCUGUUCUAAAGCAAAUUAAAGCACAAUGCCACUCUGUAAACAGAAAUGCCUUCUUCCUUUUCAUCUGCAAUGUAAAAAGAUAUGGCAAACACAAACAAUUGCCAAAAUAAUUUAGGAUCCUUUUGCAGUGUAUUUCAGAAAGCAUCUACAUAUAAUUUAUGUCUUAUUAAAAAACCACAGUCCUAGAAGUUACAGGGCAAGCACUGAUCAGCAACCAGUUAGCAAUACCCUUUACUGUUCUCCCACUGUGUACAGGCAGAGGGAAGCCUUCAGAGAGAUGGGAGUAGGUUUCAGUUUUCAAAUGAAUCUAUCCUAGUCCGUAUAAUCUUAGUCCACAUAACUCAAAACCACUGCAUUACCAGAGAGGGGAAUUUUUAUGCAAGUUCUCAGAUGUAUUCUAUGUGACUCAAUUUCAAUUUGAAUUGCACUGAACAUAGUUGUAAGUAAGUAAUUUAAGCCAUGUUAGUCUACUCUAUGAGCUGCUCUACUACGUAUAUACAUAGGACACAUUUGAAGUCUAACCUUUAAGUUUCACUGUCAGGAGCUCUAAAUGUUUAAUACUUCGUAAGAGUAUUUUUGGAAGUUAUUUUUUUCUAAGUGUCCUUUACAUGUUGUUAACGUUUCUCAUUGUGUUUCACAUGGUCAUUGUUGUAUAUUUUGGAUUAGGGACAAGCUUUUAAUUUAAAAUAUCUUUAAUUUUGUUAUAGGUCACUUGAAAUUUGAUUGGUUAUAUUUAUUUUGGCAAUGGGUUAAAGAAUCGGUGAAAGAUGAGCUAGCAAGUGGACCUGUUCAUGGUGUCACGCUCACCACAUAUUCUCAGAGAGGAAUAAUUUUGUGUGUCUCUUGGCUUACCCAGCGUUAGCAGCCUUGGGGUCAGCCUUGGUGAUCACGCUUAAAAGAAGAAAAAUAGAAACUUGUAUGCUGUCAUACAUAUUAUCAAGUGAAAACCCCCUUAAGAAAGUGUCACUUUCAUUGCUAUGACUAUUUAUUGUUUGUAAUAUUGUCAGUAUAUUCCAUUCUUGUGCAGUCUAAGGAAAUACAGGUUUAUUAUAAACAAAAAUAACUAUCAGAACAUGUAGCUCAGCUUACAGACAGGUGACUGCUGCCUUCUUAGCAUACGUAAUAGGGCCUGAUGUACAGAAAUGGCUAAAAUUCACAAUGGAGUUCAGGGAAUAUUUUUAAAAAAUAUGAAUUUAUAUGCAAAUCUUUUCACUGGAAUUGUGUAAUGGUAUAGUUUUCCUAGCUUUACACGAAGGUCUCCAAGUAAGGCCUCAUAUCUUCUAUAUUUGUACAGUACCUAGUUCAUUUUAGGUACUAUUAUGAGCAGGUGAAAGUAUUUUAGCUAAAAACCUGAGUAUUAGAAUCAUCUACACAUUUAUCAAAUUGAUUUCCACACUAAAAACUGGUAAAAUUCCUUAAUUAUAAGUGUCUUGGAUACUGUCUAUAUAUUUGCCAGUGUCAGUUUUUUAUUUUACCAGAAUCAAACCAAGAAAACAUUGGUACUGACAUAAGAAAUAUUGAGUAUACUCAGAUUGGUCAAUAACUGCUUAAUUCUACAUGAGAUUUAAUUGAGAUACUUUAUGGCACUGAAAAUUUAAUAUUAAUUGUUUUUCAUGGGUAUAUUUUGGGAGAUCCAUGGUAAAUACCUCGGGUCUUCUCCACGAAGAAAUGCACAUAGACACGCCCCAGAGCUGAAUGGAAAACCUAAGUUUUUUAAACUGAGAAACAUAAUUUAGACACAGUUCUGUUUCACAGAAAUGCUUUAAAGGUUUUGUUCUCUUCUAGUCACAAAAUGAAAUUGUUACACUUUGCCUUGUUCCAUGUUAGUUUUAAAAUAUUCUCAGGUGAUAUACAUGGUCUUGUAGAGUUACGUAUGUAAUGUAACAUAUACAAGACGUUGCGUAGUCUUACAAUAAUGGUACUCUGUUACAUAUGUUGGCUAUUCAGUAUAAUGUAUGUUUUAAUCUCAACUUGGCAAAUUUAUACAUUACCAUUUACUAAUACCUCUGUGAAUAAAAAAACUGAAAAAACCCCUUUUUUUAUAGCCUGCUUUUUCAUGAUUUACAGCACAGAAAAAUGUGUCUCAAUCCACCCUAUUUAGGUAAAUUUGUGUUCAUAGGGAAGCAGCUCAAGGUCUCCUUACACACACUUAAUCAUUAGUAAUUAUUAGUACAAACAUGUUUAUUCUAUCUUCAUUCACUGUUAAAUAGCUAAUUUUUUCCUUUGAGGUGUCUCUAAAGAAAAAUGUCACUCUAAAAUUAAUAAUUACAAGGAUUACUGAGAUACAACUGGCAUUUAUUGUUGUUUAGAUGCAGAAUCUAUAGUAUCCUUUAUCCUUAAGACAUUGUAGCUCUUUGUCAAAAAUGGACAACUCUGCUUUUUUUUUAUCUGUGAACACUAGAAUAAGGGCACAGAAUAUAAUUUAAAAAAAAUAAAAUAGUUGUUAUAGAACUAUAGAACUGUGCAAAUAAAACUAAUUUGGAGAUUAGCACCUCCCAAAGGUGCAGUUAAAACCUAGAGGCUGAACAUCAUCCUAUGUUGUUGAUUAAUGGUCAGAAUUACCAAUUCAAUGAUACAUUAUUCUAUUUUUUCUUGUAUGCUUAAUUUUAAUAAUGUGAAUAAAUACAAACAUGGAAGUAUCAUGUCUACUAGCAAAACUGAGAAGGCAUUUACAUAUGUAGAGUGUGAAGAAAGCUGCGUUACACAGUUUUCAAGGUUACUAAUUGCUAUGUAACAAACUAGCGAUUUUUCUGUAACCAUUGACUGCAUCUUCUGUAUCCUUUGUACUAGAACAUUUUUGCAUCUAAAAAUGAAAUGUCCAUGCUAUAAAAUACACAGCUUCCAACA